AUGGGUUAUACGAUUGGAAACAUCUACGUCAUCACCACGGUGGCCGUCAUCGGCGGUGCACUGUUCGGUUUCGAUAUCGCUUCGAUGUCAGCCAUUCUUGGCACCCAGCAGUACAGAUGUUUCUUCAACCAGACCGGCGUCAAUGACAAGAACGAAUGCGGUGGUCCUACCUCGAGCACCCAGGGUGGCAUCUCUGCUGCCAUGCCUGGUGGAUCGUUUAUUGGUGCCCUAAUCUCCGGAAUUCUGACAGACUGGCUCGGUCGCAAGACUUCUAUUCAAAUCGGUUCGGUCAUCUGGUGUAUUGGCUCCGCUAUCUCAUGCGCCUCUUUCAGCAUUGGCCAGCUUGUCGUUGGUCGCUUCAUCAACGGCCUAUCCGUCGGUAUUCUGAGUGCCCAGGUUCCAGUUUAUGUCGCCGAGUUGGCACAGCCCAGCAAGCGAGGUACUGUUGUCGGUGCUCAACAAUGGGCCAUUACAUGGGGCAUCCUGAUCAUGUUUUAUAUCUCCUACGGAAGUAGCUUCCUUGAUGGUCCCUCUGCCUGGCGUCUACCCUGGGGACUACAGAUGAUCCCUGCCGUGUUCCUCUUCUUCAUGGUUUUUAUCAUGCCCGAGUCACCCCGCUGGCUGGCAAAGCAUGACCGCUGGGAGGAGGCCCAUGAGGUGCUGGCUCUGGUUCACGCCAAGGGUGACCACAAUGACGCUUUCGUUCAAACCGAACUACAGGAAAUUCGUGACAUGGUCGAAUUUGAGCGUCAGAACGCCGAUGCUUCGUAUUUGGAUCUCUUCAAACCGAACAUGAUCUAUCGCACACACAUCGGCAUGUUCACUCAAAUCUGGUCUCAGCUCACUGGCAUGAACGUCAUGAUGCUCUAUAUCACAUACGUGUUUGGCAUGGCCGGCCUCUCGGGAAAUGCCAACCUGGUUGCCUCCUCUAUCCAAUAUGUGAUAAAUGUUGUUAUGACCAUAUUCGCUCUGGUAUUUAUUGAUAGAUGGGGCCGUCGGGUUCCCCUCCUCGUUGGAUCAACUUUGAUGAUGACUUGGAUGUUUGCAAAUGCCGGUAUUAUGGCAUCAUAUGGCAAGCCAGCUCCUCCUGGUGGCCUGAACAAUACGGCUGAGCAAUCCUGGGAUUUAUCUGAUGCUCCAGGUGCAGCCAAAGGAGUCAUCGCCUGUACCUAUCUGUUUGUUGCAAGCUUUGCGCCUACAUGGGGUCCCGUGAGUUGGAUCUACCCACCAGAGCUCUACCCCUUGAGACUACGUGGUAAAGCCGUGGCGGUUUCGACAGCGUCCAAUUGGAUAUUCAACUUCGCCUUGUCGUACUUCGUUCCACCGGCCUUUGAGAACAUCAAAUGGAAGGUAUACCUUGUCUUCGGAGUCUUCUGCUUUGCGAUGACUGUUCAUGUAUUCUUCGCCUUUCCCGAGACCGCGGGAAAAACCCUCGAGGAUGUGGAUACUAUGUUCAAUACCCCGGGACUUAAGGCUUGGAAGACCAAAGUCGAAUUCCAGCACGUUCGGAAGCUUGAGACAGGUGCUAUCCAGUCAGAGAAAUUGGCGGCACUGCACGAAGAAAGGGUGGGGUCCGUGGAUAAGGAAGCAGCAGCGCCAGUGUCUAAGACGGAGGUCUAA